CGUGGUUGAACGCGCCCUCUAGCGUCGUAAUCGAGCAAAUGUUACUGUUGUAUUGUGUCGGAGAAAAUGGCGACGGGAAAAGAAAGUAAUGAUGGAAAUAGAUUUAUUGAAGAUUCUAGUGUAAUCAGACAAAAUCCGGAUUGUAAGGUAAAAAAGAGUUCCCCACACCAGCCUACAGUUUUAUCAGUGCCAACAUUUACCACAAACACACUAGGCAACAAUUUCCAAAAUAAAUCGGCCAUUGACUUGUCUCGUAAAAUAUUGCCAAUGACAAGUAAUCCUGAAACUACAGCAUCAUUAGAUAAAAAAGUUUUGCAGCAGGGUCUUGACCUUGGAAGUAAGAAUCUAUCGGAAACUAGGAAAAACAGUUGUUCCAAUUUGAGUGGAUUAGCUUCAGGGUCUUGUGCCAGUAGUUCUGCAUUUACUAGUGGUAGACAUGAUCAUAGAUCUUAUCAGCAGGAUUAUAAACUCUUCCCUUCUCCUGCACACAAAAACACUGUUAUCGAUAGAAGCAAAAUAACUGCCGUGCCUGGUGCUGAGUUAUCAGACAAAAAACUUGUCACAAAUUUAUGCUAUUCUGGAUCCAGAACCCUAUCUGACAAUGAAUCCUUAACAUUUACCACAGGACAAAGAAGUAAAGACAAAGUAAUAGCAAGUACGCUUUUUGGAAAUGUAUCCAACCAGAAUAUAUGUGUGAAAUCAGAGACUGGUCAGACUUCUGGUAUUUCUGCCAAUGUUAGUGAUUACAAAAGUGCUCACCCUAUAGGCUCUCGAAAAGUGACGGAAAAUGUUAUUACAUACCAUGAACCAAUGUUUCAAUCUGUAGCAAAUACUUUAUUUGAAAAUCAAAAGAAUUUAAUGAUGGGGAAGCGCAAGGCAGAAGAAGAGAAAAUGAGAGAAGAUGGCACUUUCCAGGAAAGUAAAAAAAUCAAACUUGAAACAAAUACAAGUCCAAAUAAAGGCGUUGAAAAUAAAACAACUGUGGUUAAAAAGAAGUCCAUAGAAAAUAUUAUUGAAAGAAUCAGGACAGAAAAAACUCAGUCAAGGGGAGGUUGUAGUACUCAAAUGUUGAAACAAAAUGUGGAGGAUACAGAAAAAAGUGAUGCAAGCAGAACGUUAUGUGAAAAUGAUAAAACUGAAACAAUAAAAGUGCAAUCUGAUCUUGUUCAAUUAAAAGAGCCUGAAAAAUCUGAAACAGAUUUACAGAAGUCGGUGGAAGCAAACUCUAGUCAAAAAGAUGAUACUUCUAAAAAUUCUGAAAAAGAUGAUGUGAAACAUAACACUAAUAUUGACUUAAAAGUUAAAAAGUUUGAAUUAGAAGGUAACACAGCUGAUAAAGCUGACAUAAAACAAAGUUUGCCUGCAGAACAGAUGGCAAAGAAAACAACUGAUAGCCCUGUCAAACAGAAAAAGGUGAAUAGUCCUCCUAAGUUAAAGAAAGAGAAAAGUCUGGUAAAAGUAGAAAAAAGUCUAGUAAAAAUGAAAACUCCAGAAAGUAGUCCAUCAAGAUCUAAAAAAAAUGACAUAACUCCAUCAAAACAAAAGAAAAUAGAUGCUCAAUUAUCCAAAGAAAAGAAGCAAGAAAAUGUCUCAUCAAAAAAAUCUGUUGAAAGUGCAAGUGAGAUAUCACUGAAACAUGAUGAUAUUUCAUCAAAACAGAAAGAUACUGCACCAAAACAGAGAGAUAUUGGUCCUUCAAAACAAAUAAAUAGUUCAUCACAAAAGGAAAGUAAUUUACCAAAACAGAAAGUAGGAAGUUCACCAAAACAGAAGGAUAAUAAUUCAUUAAAAAAAGUAAAUAAUUCAGUAAAACAGAAAGAAAAUGACUCACAAAAACUGAAGGAAAGUGCUUCAUCCAACGAAGAGGAGUCAAAUUCAUCUGCAAUAAAAGAAAAUAGUUCACCAAAGCAAAAGAAGGCAGUUCAAAAUAAGAAUAAAAAUAAGAAAGAAUUUGAAGAUCAAAGUGUUGAAAAUAUUUGGAAAAAAGCUGAUGGAGGUGUUUAUGAAAAGUCUGUUACAAAACAAAAGAAAUGUGAAGAUAAGGCCAAUGUAAAGGUUAAGAAACCAACUAUGAAAAAAGAUGCAAAGGAAAAAAUGAAAAAACAAGAUAAGAACUUUGCUGAUACUAUAAAAGAAAAGAAUAUUGAAAUUAUCAAGAAAACAAUAGGUGAAAAAGUGAAAGUGAAAUAUAAGAAACUAAAAGUAGAUGCUGAUAAACCAAGUGAAGAACCAAAGAAAAGAGGCAGAAAGAAAAAAGAAGUGACACAAGCUGCUUCAAAAAGUUCAAAGGAAGGAAAGGUAAUAACAGUCGCUAAAAGUGCCGGAAGAAAACAAUGUGCAAUAAAAACAAACUCAAAUCUAAAAACUAAAGUGACAAAACAGAGAAAACAGAAAUUGCCAAUAGCACACAGGAGAGUGAAAAGGGAGGCCAGUUUAAAUGCUACAAUGUUCCUUAACAUUUUAAAUGAAAAGUCUCCUAGAACAUCAAAGUUAGAUCCUCAAAGAUCAAAGUCAGAUUCUGAUAUCAAAAAUUUCAAAGCACUCAGUGUAAAUACAAGUCUUAGCUUGAAUAAUGUAGCUCUAAAUGAAAAUAAUGAGAAAAUUGAUUCAAAACAGACUUUCCUCAUUCCAACCGGUUUGAAAAGUCCAAAGAAAGAAAAAGUAAGUCCAGCUAAGCAAUUUUAUGGAAAAAGCUCUAGUUUAGGAAAACUUACAGAUCAUAAUGAUUUUGUAACACCAAAAAAAGAGCCAAAGUCACCAGUUAGAACUCCAAGUCCUAAACGUAAAGUGAGCUUUAGUGAUGAUGUUUUUGAAGAUGUGUUUGAAGCUGUAAUUCAAAGAAGUAUUGAAGAAACUAAAGAAUUUAAGGUGCCUGGCAAAGUUAGUAGCAGUAGAAAAAAUAGUAAACGUUCUGAAUCAUGUGACAAAGGUAAAGGAAAAAAAGAUUAUCUUAAAAAGAAAGACAAAAAGGGUAGUUUGAAAAUUAAAUCAGAUAAAAAGGAAAAGAAAUUCAGGUUGAAAAAAAUUAAACAGGCCAUUAAAAUGACAGCAUCUAAAUCACCAGAAGAGGUUGCCGAGAAGAAAAGGAAAGCAAACUUAGCAAGAUUAGAAAGAGCUAAAGAAUUAAUGAAAACAGAGAGAAAAGUAUCUGAGAAAGGUGUAGUGGAGGAAAAAAACACAUUCUCUGUUAAAUCAAAGACCGUUGUAGAGAAUACAAUGCCGUCACCAAGAUGGUGUGAAUGUUGCCAGUCUAGUUAUUAUCCUUACCAAACAACUCAGGGAACUCAAGUUUGGAGAAUAAAACACCUGGUCGACAAAGAUUCCUCUAAAUCACCGGAGCCGAUUCAGAGUUCCAGCAAUCAUUUCAUUGCGGCGCAUGCUAGAUGCGAGGUCAGGCCGUAUGCCUCACCUUCUCAUGUUUCUAUGAUAGAAUCAAAUCCUUAUGUUGGUCAGAUUAUGCCACAUGGCCAUAUACAAUGUUCUGCUUGUAGUUGUGGACAUAGUGGUGUAUUUCAUCCAGGACAGUGCCAGAACUGUACUCUAGGUGGUGUGAGCAACAUGUUACCAUGCCAACGGUAUGGAGGCACCUACUCUGUUACAUACCCACAUACACAUGGCUCAUACACACAUUGCGGAUGUGGGGCAUGUUACACUGCAGGAAGCUAUCACCAUUCUGUUGGUCAGACAUUAAUACACCAGCCCCAGAUGUCCAUGUCAACAGAGAGCCCAAUUCUUCUACACCACCCAGUUCAACUUCAAGUCACACAUGAAACAUCUCACCCUGUUACCAUGUCAACCAUUCCUCAUUCACACACAGACUCAUGUCUCACUCAUUCAUCUGUACAAACUGUCCCAUUACAGCUUAGUCAAAACGAGCAGAAUCUUGACAACUUAACACAUAUGUGCCAAUUAUCACAAGGGGAGGUAACUAAUGUGUCAGCAAUGGCAUCUAGUUCCCCUUCCGACCAUGAGAUUGAUGUUGGUUCAAGGGAUGACAUUGUCAAAUCGGUGCCAAAUGUGACUCAAUCAUCAAGCAAUGCUUCGAAAAACAUUAACAAAGGGUUAAAAGCAGCCAGAAUUAAGAAAAUUUGUUCAAAGCAACCUGUUGUUAAAUUAAAGAGAAGUAAGUCAUGCGACAUUGCAGUAAAGGCUACAGGAAAAGUAAAAGAAAGCUUGAAAAUUAAAGAUAUAAUAGAUUUAAAAGUGAAAGACAAGAAAAAAUCAAAUUUGUUAUUAAUCAAACAGAAACAAAAGCAGUUGGAACAAAAAUCGGUAAAACUUUCUCAAAAGAAGGAUUUAAAACGUUCAAUAUCUGAUAAUGAUAGUUCUGUUAGUAGUAAAAAAGUUAAAUUGAAACUGGGGGAAGGGAAAGUUGCUAAGAAAGAUAAAAUAAAAAGAAGUGUUAGUUUAGAGCAGAAGAAAGAAGAGAAGCAGGUGAAGGAGCAGCCUAAGAGGGCGUGGCAUGGGUGGAGCUGGGAGGGGGAAGGUGUUGUGAAGAAGGUUACAAAUAUUUUUGAUGGUCAGAUAGUUCAGAGAAGAUGUUAUAAUGCUAUACGCCAUGAUGAUGGUGAUAUUAUACAGGUUAAAGACUGUGUUCUUGUCUGUUCUGGUCAGAAAGAGAAAGAUAUACCCUACAUUGCUAAAGUUUCUAACUUCUGGCAAGAUUCUGUAUCAGAUGAGAUGAUGAUGUCUGUGUUAUGGUUUUAUCGACCUGAGCACGCUGAGGGAGGUCCUAUAUACGGUAGCCUGGAGAACGAGGUAUUUGCAGCUAAACAUCGUGACGAGACUCUUGUAGCCUGUAUAGAGGAUAGGGGAUAUGUACUUACCUUUAAUGAAUACUGCAGGUUCAUAGCGGAGGUAGAAAGAAGCAAAUCAAAUCUUCCUGCACGUAAAAAAGUAGUCCCUGAACCAGAAGAAAAGUAUCCAAGCAACAGAAUACCUCCAGUGGAUGUGAAUCCAGAAAAUGUGUUCCUUUGCCGUCAUGUUUAUGAUAUUAAACUAAAACGGGUUCUAAAAAACCCUUCAUGAGAUUAAAUUGAAUGUAUUUAUGUGUAUGAGUAAAAAUUUAACUAAUUUAAAAUACUACAGAAAAUUAGUAAUGAUAUCAUAUAUAGUUUAUGUAGUUAAAUGAGUUAAAAAAAAUUUCAGGCAACUAGUGCAAACUGAUCAUGGGUUGGAUGUGUAACGUUAAAACGGUCCAAAUCCUUAUCUAUAAUAUUGAAUUGUUGAAGUUUGUAGGUUUUAAGUUAAAAAGAAAUUACGAACCAUUGCCCCCUCAUGUCUGUAGGUUCAUGUUCUGCCAGGGAUUUUUUAAUAUUCCAUGUGAGGAAGUUACCCUGUCAGCAAAUUGGGGGAGGUUGGGUGUUUUUUAUUUUGGAGACUUCAUUCACCUGCUAUAAUGCAUGGAGGAACACCUUAAGUAGCCAUUCCUCCUCAAUGAAACGACGAAAGUCGUCAUAGGACCUUUGCAGUGUCAAUUUGACGUAAAACCCUAUAAAAAUAAAGAAGAGAAAAAGUUAAAGCUCUGAAAUUAUUAUACAUAUUAAAUUAUCUUCAAAAUUGAAAAAAAAAUGUCCAUUAGACAAAACAGUAGUGUGUUGUCACUUAUAAACACAAAAAAAUUCAAGUAUUACAAAAAAAUUAAGUGUAUGUCUCGCAUUGGAUGAAAAUGUAUCUUGAUAAAAAUGUUAGCGUUUGUUUGAUCAGAGGUUUUUUUCACUCAGUAAAAAUCUGUUGAUGUGUUGAAUUUUACAAUGUUACAUUGUCAAUAGAUGGUUAGUGAUUGUGUCCAUGGCUUUAGUAUGCUUAAGGUUGCACAUUUGUUAAACACUGUUGUAAAAUUGUUGUUUUUGCUUGUUGGUUUUGGAAAUAUUUAAGAAUAGCUUGUUCUUAGCAUUUUUAUGAAAUACAAGACAGAGUUAAGAUAUUAAAGAUAUUUUAAAUACAAAAUAGAGUUGAGAUAGAUUUGGAUUUGAGAUAUUAUAAAUGUCUUUUUGCAUUUAGCUAUUUUUUAAGUGAAAACAAAUGGUAAAUGGAAUAUUUUUCAAUAUUCAGAUUAAAAAAAUCAGAUAUGUUAAAUAUUUUUGAAAGAUUAACAAUAUGAAACACUGGAAUGAAAUGAUAAAGUGAAAGUUUGUAAUUUAUGUAUCUAUAUAUUGUAUAUUACAUUAUGUAUAUGGUGUGCAUAUUUAGUGAACUUUUCAUUGAAUGUAUACUUAAAUGGUAUUUAUCCCCUAACCACGCAGCUUUUUAUGACUGUUUAAAAUGAUAUUACAUGGCAUCGCAUAAAUUAUGCAAAUUAGCCCUUCACUCCAAUUAAGUUUCAUCAUUUGUCAAAUUAAAUAGAAUACAUGACGUGAUCAUUUUUCUUUCUUUGAAUACUUAAGUGCAAUUUGUAUCAUUUUGAGGAUUUCUUGAACUGAAGCUAUAUUUUAAGUUGUAUUCUGAUUUUUACCAUAAGUCCAUAAUGAUAAUUCAUUUAUAUCAGUAAAUUAAAUUAUAGAAAAAACAUUCAAUUUUUCUCCCAUAUAUUAAAAAACUUCUUUUUUGACAUGUCUGAGUAUUUAUUUAUAUAAGCUUAUGACAAGUUACACAAAUACAUUCUGUCAUAAACAUUUGUAGGCUAAAAUUUUUGUCAAUCAAUCUUGGAAAUGGUAAGUGUUUUAUCUAAGAAAACUGAGAGAAAAAUUGUUAAAGAUUUAAUUCUUUCCUGUAUAAGAGGAGCAGAGAAAACUUUUAUACAAUUUUAGAAAACUUAAGCAUUUUAUAACCCUGCUCUUAUAUUAUUUUUUUUACAAAUAAAGCAGUAUUUUGUUGUUUUACAACUAAAGGAGUAUUUUGUUAUUUAUAUGCAAAAGUGUUCAAGACCUGUAAUGAAUUUUGAGAAACUCAAAUUUAUCUACAGGUUUUUCUUCUAUUUUUUUCAACAUUCCAUUUAAUGAUAAGUGUUAAUUUCAAAGUGAAAGCUGAUUACAGUCAUCAGGAUUGAACAAAAGUAUUUUUUAUUAUUAUUUAAAAAAAAAUUAUUCAUGAUUAAAGCUGCAUGUCUCCAGAUGAGCCAAUAUAUUUCAAGAAAUUAAACUUGAGAAAAAUGUACGGACUAAAAAGAUUCAAGAUUCAAGUAAUAAUUUACAUGUUAUAGGCAAUUAAGGGCAGAUUUUGCACUCUUCAUUACCAUAUUUUUACUGUGUGACUAACACAGUAAGAACUAUAUUUGCAUCAUUUGACCUCUUUUUGGCUAUUUACCGGUACUUGGAUUGUUAGCGUAGUUGGUAAUGUGUAAUUUACUUUCUUUGUUCACUUCAAAAUAUUUUACUUUUAAAAACAUUUUCAUAAUUUUCUUAAAAAUUAGUAUAAAUCUGGAGACUGCUUUAAGACGAAAAAGGUUCUCUGGUGUGAUAUAACCAGAUAACAUCCCUUUCAUUGUGUAAACUUGAGGAAGAUUUAGUAUAUUGCCAAUUUGCUAUUUAUCACAAUUCCUUCUUUUUUGAAGUUUUUGAUUUUAUAUUUUCACUUGUGCUGUUUUGUUAGGCAUGGACUUAACUUUGGGCUGGCAAUUCAAUCAACAGGAUUGUCAACAAUAUUUUGUUUGCAAAUUAAGUGGACUAGUUUGCAUUUUGGCAUAUUGUACUUAAAUUUUACUGUUUUUGUAAUGUUUUAAUAAAACCUGUCAAAUGGCAGAGCAUUUAUAUAUCACUUUAAUAUACUAACUUUUUUAAGGAGGAAUUUUUAGAUAAUUUUUUAAGACAUUGGUAACUUUGCCUCGUGGACAAGUUUUUCUCUGUCUUAGCUUUUUCUACUUCAUUUUACAAUACAACUUAGCAAACUUUUUCUAGUCAUUUUGAUACUUGCUACUUACUAUUGUUUCUUUAUGUGUUUAUUGAAGUACUGUCAACUUUUGGUAUAACUCCUUGAUACUAUUACUAUGUAAAGCCAGCCUGCACUAGCAGACAUUAUGC